AGCCUUUGAGGAGAAAUCAGUGCGAGAGAGUGUGGCAGAAGAUGUCUGCGGAGGGAAGGGAUGCGUCACUGGAUUAGUGCCUGAGAAUCCGUCCCAGCCUCUUCUUUCUCCUGAGCUGCUGAGACGCCACCAGAAGGGCAGGACACUCAAUACUCCUUUUUACCUCCACCAAGCCUUCCACAUGAGCCAGCCAAGCCUUAGCUCCCCACCAGGAUGAAGAAAGAAAAGAAAACGCAUGCUUUACUGUUCCUCCUCCUGAUUCACUUUACCUCAGGUAGGGCUCUGCUUCUCUUUCUUUUAUACUGUUUGUUCAUCUGGUUAAGACUUCUUGCCCUCUUCUUAUCUGGUUAAUCCUUUAACGCACAUCUUAGUGUAGACUCUGCAUGCAGCCUGCAGUUAUUGAUUGAAAUGGGUGAUUGCAUGUUUGUGUUGUCACAGAAACUUGAAUCCAGAUUAGACAAACAUUAUUCAAUUUAUCUCCAUUCUCCUUUUUCUCCCUCUGCUGUCGGUUCCUGCACUUUGUAGCAAGUGAGUGCGACAGUCAUCACAUCAUUGAAUAACAAUAAGAUCUGUUUAUUUAGACAAACUUGUUCGAUAGAUGUGACAUUUUACAAGUUUUCUCUGUACAUUUUGAACUUGUUAUUGAUCAGUAGUCUAGUAUCACUUUUUGGUUCUUCUCCUUCUUAUAUAAAAUGGUAUUUUUUGUCUGUUUUGAUUAACAGUCUAGUACUAUUUCUUUAUUAACAUAAUCUUUUGUAUUCCCACGAAGGGAAGACAGACUACGCGCCAUAUUUUUACGACAAUGGACCCAGCAGCACAAAUGGAAAUAUGGCCUUGUUUAGCAUCUCUGAGGACACACCAGUUGGUAAGUCUCGUAAUCUCAUGAUAGAUUGAUCUGUUUUUGUUUAUUUCCUGUCAUUUAAAAGGAUAUACUGUCCAUGUUUGGGUGUUUGACACACUCGUGCUGAGGCCAAAGCUAAUCACUGUAACACCUACUGGAUCGUGACGUAUUUUUAGUCUUGGAGGGUGAAAACAACACCUGAGUGACAGCUCAUGUGACUCGAGUGGUAAACAUGUUAUUUAUAUUGAAUAUAAAACACAGAAUAUAAAAGCAAAGGUAUUUAAACCCUCCUUAAAUGAUUUUAAAAGCAUAAUAGAUAGAAAAUUUCAGUUUCUUUGUCUUUUUACCAAACAGGUACGCAGGUUUACAUCCUGAAUGGAACAGACCCAGAAGGAGAUCCGGUUCGAUACUGUCUAACUUUUGAAAAAGGUUCGCAGGAAUAUUUAAGGGCGGAACCAAAGUCAGGAAACGUGACCUUAAUUCAAGAGCUCGACAGAGAGGUGAGGCUGAUUGUGAGAGACUCUGACUUUACAGGAGGCUGCGGUAAAAGUGACAACACGGAGACAGUGACACCUUGACACCUUUUGUCUUUGCAGAAACAAGAUGAGAUCUCGGCACUUGUGAGCAUAACUGACGGUCGCAAUAAGGUACGUCUUUACUGCUCAUGUGACGUUUUUCCAAGUGUUGAUGAACUGUUCAGUGAAUCGUGAAAUUUUGCUGGUAUUGUCACCCCCUGUCUGGUGAUGUGGUUCGUUUACUGCCUUUGUUCCAGAAAGUAGAAAUAAAAAUUCCCUGAUCACUUUUCAGCAUCAUUAUUUCUGUCUGAACAAGGUGUCUCCACUUCUAAUUGAAAUUUUGUUUUCUUUCAGGUCAUUGAGACAGUAAGAGUGUUCAUCACAGAUGCCAACGAUGAACCACCUGAGUUUCAAAACCUGCCUUUCAUCAUUGACAUCCCAGAGGUACAGUAUUAUGAAUCAGUAACACAAACUGUUAUGAUCCGGUCACAUUUAGUGACACAAAUAACCUGUUCACUUCCGGCUAAGACAAACAAAUAACUAAUAGUUAUAGAUGAUUAAAGGUUUAUGAAAUCUGUUGUUUAAUCACCAGGAUACUGCUCCAGGAAGCAGCAUCUACAGAGUCCAAGCAGUGGACAAAGAUUUGGGCUCAGGAGGAAGCGUCUCUUACUACCUACAGGUAAAAAGAUUCGGUGUUACGCAGAUGAUGUGCUGAUGUGACCCUCAUAUCUUCAUCAUUGCCUACAUAGAAAGAUAAAGUGUGCCUCAUAUUCCCUAAAAUCAUUCUGUUGCCUUUAUUUGGCCUUGCUCAGCUGACUGUUUCUAUCUUCGCUCACUUAAGCCCUCGCACUGACACGUGCCCAGAAAAGUGAGCUAUAGUAAAGCAGGGGCUAAAAAAAGUUAAUGCUGUUUUAGCUGCUUGCUCACAGCUCUCAGUUGAUUUUCAAAGUUGAUUGAAAGAUUUUACUAAUCACAUGUCUAGCUGUUAAUAGCUUUGCUUCAGCCUACAUCUUCAGACCUAUUUAUUCUGACAACCUGACGACAAGCCAACAGGCUUAUCCUUUCAGCUCCAGAAAACCUUACUUCAAAGCGUGAGCAAGCUUGUCUUUUUCAGUUUCUCCCCCCUCUUAUUUUCACGUCUCCUUGAUUCCAUAUGAAUAAGUCUAAAACACAUCAUUUUGUCAAGUUUACCCUCCCUGUUAUGUUACUCUAAACGGGCUCAGUUUGGCCAAGGGUCAAGCUUAAUUCAUGAGAGCUAUGCUUGCCAUGUGGAAGGAAAAGGGCAUUCGAGUGAUGUGGGAGAGAAAGAUUAAUCUGGUACCAGAGAGCAGUCUGGAAAUGGUGUUACUUUAGUGGAUUAAAUUUCAAUUACAUUUGAGCAAGGCACUGAAGGCUUAAUAAGGGCUUAGGUUUGGUGCAGGCCAACAGCUGACAGCACAGUGGUUGUUACUGUGUCAUCUAUGAAACAAAAACAACCCUAAAGGCACUAGAAAAAUGUCAGACUUACACAGAGGUGAAGAGAGACUUUAAAAUAAGCUUAACUGUUCUCGGUUUCUUGACUGUUCAACUCUGCUUUGCUCAUUUUCAGACAUCAUCUGUUGGCAAAUUCACCAUCGACGGACACAGCGGUGUCUUCAGAGUCAAACCUGGUGAGACUUUGGACUACGAGACCACGCCAACACACUUUGUGACAGUGGUCGCAAAGGUGAGAAAUCAUUGUCACCCCCUCCUUUAGGAAAAGUCCUCUUUGGACAGACACACACUGUUCAAAUUGAGGUCAAUUUUGACUGUUGCACAAAGGGUUUAGGAGUUUGGAAGAAGUCCAGCUCGCUCACACAUCGUUUACACAGCAUGAGGGCCGACCACGGCCUGAUCAGCUGCUCCCGAUUGGUCCAAAUUUCUGUUACAUCAAGAAACUUUGGUCAACUGACUGCACAGUCUGGGACGGUGAAAAAUGCAGUAAAUAUGCACGGGUCAGCUCUUUACCCAGUGUUGUCAACCUAGCAAGGUUUAGCGACUUUUCAGACCCCCUAGUGACAAAUCUAGCAACUUUUUCUGGAAUUUAGAGACAUAAACAUAAACAUAAACGCAGGAAUAGAUGUUACUCUUCUUGACGGGGAGCCGGUGUACAUCAAAAACACAGACACUCAGACACCCCACAGAAGACUCCUUCUCCUCCUCCUCCUCCCGGGGAUGGGGGGGUUGGUGGCGACAGUGGGUUUGACAGAGAAAUUUUGCAAAUUAGGCGAUGACGUCAUCUAGCGACAGCCACUAGCAACUUCUUCUUACUAUCUGUGUAAUCUAGUGCAAUGCAGUGCAACAGCUCCAUCAAGAAUUAGGGCGUGUUCACACCACCCUCAUUUAGACCAGUUGAACCAAACCCUGGAGCGUUUACCCCCUUGGUGUGGUCCGUUUCGGUCAGUGUGAACGCUGACCUCGAACUCUGGUGCGGACCACAUAAAUGAACUCUGGUCCGCCUGAAGCGGUGAUCUCGGAGCGGUUCAUUCCUGGUGUGAACGUCAUCCACACCAACCACAGGAAACGCACCACACAUGUCAUUAAUGCCUGUCACCGUCUAGUCUUUAUCCGUCUGUUGUUUGCAGCACGUCUACUCCAGAAUGUAUUAAUUAAUGCCGCAGUUCGCGCUCGCUGGCUAAUGAGUCAUUCAUACACGCAAUCGACUAGCGUCUUUUGAUAUGCGCUUCAGAUGAGUAGCAAAGCAAAAUCAGCCUACCAUGCUCCAUGACAGGCAAAGACAGCAGAGCGGGAUUUGUAUUCCUGCAUAAACUAAUGACCAAUAACCGAACGAUAUUCGCAGUCACGUGACCUCCGGUUCCGUUUUCUGGAGCGAUUGAGUUUGUCCUUUGUGAAUGCAAACCGGACCAGUUAAACAAUCAUAACAAAUUUAUCGUCUUGCCUUGGAUUCGAAUCAGGAAACGGACCUUUAGGUGUGAACACAACCUUAGUGAAAGAGUUUUAAAAAGACACUUGAUUGAUAACGAUCAAAGCUCCACCCUGAUUUAAAUCAAACAUGUGGACGCUCAGAAAGUCCUCAACUGUCUGAAUGCACAGUGUGAGCACAGGAAUCGUGAUCUUUGGUUGUCUGACGUAAGUGAUUCACUCGUAUGGUGUGAGUUCAAUUAGCACCAUGAUAUUAAUAAAACCUGCACCUGGCCUUAGCUGUCCUGAAGCAAGCUUUUGAUUUUCAGGUUUCAUCAGCUGAUCGCAGUGUUAGAAGUCUGAGAUUUAUCCAUGUACGGUAGUUUAGAUUUUGUGUAUUUUUAUCACUUAGUGCUGUAAAUGGUAAAGGCUUGAGAGUCAGACCCAGAAUAGUCACGGACCUGUCUAUAAGUAGGUAACGUUGUCAGGUGACAAAGGUGUCUAAAGGUCAUGAAAAGUUCAGUCAUGGAUAAGCUUUGUCAACAUGUAAACUUGGCAGAAUUUUCUCCUCUCUGUCGACCAGAGUGCGGAAAAUGAAAGUCUGCUGAAGUGUUGACAGCCUCGCUCACAGUGUGAGUAACCUGAGGUGUCAUCUCUCCAGCACGACGGAGAAGGAUGGGUGUUUUUAUAGCCUGAGCUAAAGAGGCUCAUAAAGCUCUUUAAACGCCUCAUUUUAAGGGUGUUUGGGAAAUCACAGACUGGGUGUUAAACAUAAUAAUAAAAUUAACAUGUUUCCAAGAGUUUAGCUCAAUCAGCUACUUGAAUGUAAUGAUCAAAAUCUACUGUUUUAUAGUUAAACAAAGAAAAUCCAUCUUAGCUUUCACAGAAACAUUCAUCUCUGCAGCCUUUGGUCUCACAGCAGCAUGACAACAUGAUUCACACCGCCGUGUAAAUCACAUUACUGAUUCCUCUGUUCCCAGUUUUAUUAAAUUUGUCAUGCCAAGUGUGGAUUAAGAGGUUUACAACCCGGUUUUUAACAGGCAUCCAUCUAAUAAGACUUGAUUCUCUUAACCAAGCACAAUUUUUAAGCAUUUAGCGCUCCUGUUUAAUUAGAUUUGAGCUCACGGUACUUUUUAGCCUCUUCACAGAAAUCAAACUUAAGCAACUAUUUCGAGUUUUACUUUUGAUCCUUUUCCACCAGUGGCAGGUACCUGAUUUUUUUAGUUAUCUGCUGGGACUCAUUACCUCUUUAAGUCAAGACAAUAUAACAACGUUGGCCUCUGUUCGUGAGAUGAAGGCUAACUUUAAUUAUUUGAUUCAGGGAACCAAAAUACUUAAAUUUGGCUCUUAAUUUAGGGAACAGUUCGAACAAAUGUCAGAUCCAUUUUCUCACAUUGCCUCUGCCCGAUAACUGCCUAAUUAAAAAAAAUACUCUCUUCACCGUGACUUCUUAUUUUCAGAGCUUCUGUGAGGAGUUUUUGGCAGAUCAUAAAACAGAUUGAAAGUAGCGCCAAUGUCUCUUAAUUACCUGCAAGAGCAGAUGAGACCAUCAGCAUUCAGAGUGUUAUUUUUACACUGUUUUUAUUCAUGUCUAAAUCAGUUUGUAGGAAUCAGAUGAUGUGAAUGCAACACCAAAACAGACCUUUAAUAGUCCCCACUGUGAAAUCUCUCUGUUAAAUGGAAGCAGAAUUACAUUUUGUGAGAUAAUAUUGCUUACAUAUGUACAGAAUGAAGUUUCAAAGCCUGUUUUAUCUGAAGUUGCAAUAAAUAAGAAUAUAAUCAGAGUUUUAAUGCCUUGUUUUGUUAUGAACACUUUAUAUUUGUUUCCUUAGGACGGAGGAGGAAAGUACAAAGGGAAGCACCAGGUCUUGAGCUCCACAGCCACCAUAACAAUCAAUGUGAUCGAUGCUCAAGACAUGCCGCCAUCCUUCAUAGGAACUCCUUACUUCGGCUACGUCUAUGAGGUCUCACUUCCGGUAAGUUCUUCAUUUAUUCCUUUAAGAAUUGAGAACUAAGGAUACUUUCAAAAAGCAGUUGAAACCCCAUUUGUUUACACUUGCCUUUGUAUAACCAGGACUUGGGCUACUGGUGUACUUUUUGUUGAUUUUUAUGUCUUGUUGUCUCACCAGUGUUGUUUCCAUUAACGAUGACGCUGAUGAAAACAUUUUGUCAACGUCAUCGUCAACAAAAACAACACUGCAGAAUAUGUGUUAAGCGUUUGACUGACGGAAUGCUCAUGUAUUUUGCAACUCUGUUCGUUGUCCACCAUUAAUGUUUUCGUCUAGUCUCGUCUUGUCACCGUAAACGCACAUUCGACUCGUCACAUUUUAUUCAUCUAAGACUUAGGUUUAGCUCGUCAAUGUCACGUCUUCAUCGUGGAAAAAAAGGGGUGUUGACGUUUUUGUUGACGAUGACGUUGACGAAUAUUUUCAUCAACGUCAUCGUCAACGAAAACAACACUGCAGAAUAUAUGUUCAGCUUUUGACUGACGAAAUGCUCAAUAAUUAAUACAAUACAAAUACAUACAAUUCAAUAAAGUUUUGGUAUUAUUAUCAUUAUUUAAAAAUCUCUUAAAUACGAGCGAUGAUCGUCAUACAAGGUUAUUCGUGUGUUUUCCUUCAGGGUUCUGAAAUCUUCACCGUUUACGCCAAAGAUGGAGAUCAAGGCAAUCCCAACCCUAUACGUUACUCUAUAAUGAAUGGUGAGAGCAGCACAUUGAGAAAUUAAUUCCAAAUUGAGCUCUCUUGCUGUUUUUCUUGUUUACGUCUCAGACACAUUCACAUCUUUUCUCGCCCCACCUGUCAGGUAGUGACGGCGUCUUCGAUAUUAACAGCACCAGCGGGUGCAUCACCCUGUCAACGUAUCCGUCAAUGCUAAACAAAGAAUUAUUUGAGAUCAAAGUCAAGGUAAUGAUAAUUAUUGUCACAGUUAUUGUUUGUUAAUUACACACAGGAAUGAAACCUGUUUGCUCCACUGAAUGUGUUGUUUAAUGUGAUUUUUAAACCAAGGCGUCUGAGGUGGGACCAGAAGAUCAUCUGUUGGACUACGACAUCACUACAGUUACAGUCCGGGUUGUGGAUCUCAACAACCACCCGCCCACCUUUUACGGAGAGAACGGACCUCAGAGUAAGUUUGAGGUCACCAUGUAUGAGCAUCCGCCUGCAGGGGAGAUCCUGAGAGGGUUCAAGAUCACCGUCAACGACUCCGAUCAGGUGGGUUUAUUCUCAGUAUAACUCCUCAUUCAUCAUUCACUGUCUUCCUCAGUUUUACCGGUCUGUUUUUGACAGCAAAUACUCCACCAACAAGAUAUUCAUGUACAAACACGAAUCAUGAUGAAAGCUGGUGCUUUAUUUACUCAACUGAAGAGUGUUUUUGGAGUAACAGGGUCCGUCAUGCUGGGUUUGCUCCUCUGCUGGGGGAUUCAGUAAUACCUCUGGGUGCAACAUUGCAUAAAUCUCUGCCAGCCAGCCUCAAAGUGUGCUCAAUUAUGCAACACUAUUAAAUCAUGUACAAAAUCUGUUCAUUCAUUUAUGAUCAAAUGUUUUGUGUAAGUCCACUUGGCUUAUUUUCCCCAUCUCAGUUUCUCAAUCACUAAAAAAAACAGAUCUUCUUCUUUAAAGAUUCUGGAGCCUGAUGAAUCUUGAGGGUUUAUUUUGAGCAGCUUCAUCUAAUCAUAUUUAUUUUUCUCAAAAUUUUAAUUAUUUGUGGUUUAUUAUGUUCUUUUCUGUGCUCUUCUUAAAGGGAGCAAAUGCUAAGUUCAAGCUGAGACUGGUGGGGCCGAGCCGAGUGCUUCGAGUGGUGCCACAGACGGUCCUCAAUGAAGCUCAGGUGACCAUCAUUGUGGAGGACACGUCUGGCAUCGACUACGAAAAAGGGCCAACACUUUCAUACAAGGUAAUAUUUUAAAAUCUCAGUCUUCCUGACUUAUCGAUUUGCAGCCAGCCUAAGACGGCACCGUUAAAUUUCGUAUUAAUUCAAGUUAGCUAAGUGAAAAAGUUUUAAAAUUCCUGAAUAGAUGAGAAAAAUCUGUCUCUAAAGCUUCAACUUUUACAGAUGAGCUUUAUGUUUAGAGAUAUGAAGAAGGCUCUCUACCUGUCCUCUGUUUGGCUUAAACUGAACACACAGUACUAAACAUACACUUACAAUUAUAUAUACAAGAUUAAGAGACAAAUAACUUAUCUAACUUGACUUGCUAGAACAAACUCAAUCCAGAAGUUCGUCACAGGAGCUUUAACUCUCAGUUUUGUUCACAUUGAUUGAUCUAAACAGGAAUGAAAUAGUAAGUGAAAUAGUACAUAGGAAGUAGACAGCUCACAGCACACCUAUCGUUAAAAGUUUCUGUGUGACUCAGCUGUAGUUUUCUCACCAUUGACCCAAAAUGUACUCGAACUAAUCUACCUUAACCUUUGAUCAGAAAGCAAUCUGGUUAUCAAUUAGCAAAAUCCUGGUCCAAAAUCCCUGGUGCACGAUUUCCCUGCUUUAAAGGCUGCUCUGUAGUAAGAUGGACCUGAUAGUUGUCAUGCACUCUGCUCGGUACAAACACAAGGACAUCUCAGAACCUCUUUCGGCUUUGUGUGUGAGUUCUGGGUUUGCCAUGAAACGAGGACACGCUGACUGUUACCUCGACCUCAAGGGGCCUUCGUGGAUUCCUGCUACUCUGACGAUUGUCUGCUUCAACAUUUUCGCUUCCCCUGUGAGGAAUUUUGGCUGGUUUUUAAAACAGGUUAUUAUUAACAGUGAUGCCUCUUAGCAAUCUGCAAAAAAAACUAAAUCAAAACAAGAUCAGGGGGUAGGUGUCAGUGACGAUGAUUAACAGCUACAGCAGGAUGAAGAAUCAGCUGUUAUUUUACUCAUGAGUGAUACAUUUCCCUGUUAAAAGAAAGCAGGAGGAGACAUUUGUCUUUUACCACAUUUUGACUUAAGUUCUCCUCUCUUUUAAAGCUUCUGGCCGUGGAAAUCGACACUCCAGAGAGGUUCAGCGCAACCGCCGACAUAUUAAUCAACCUGCUGGACACGAACGACAACAUCCCUAAAUUUACCUCGGAGUAUUACAUCGCCAGGGUGGCGGAGAACUCUCCCGGCGGCUCCAGUGUUGCUACUGUAACGGUAAGUCAAUCAAGAUUAAACGAUGCUUUAAUCUCACCGAAAGGAUUAUACACUCCAUCAAUUCUCUCAUAAAUUGCACUUCAUUAGUUGAAAGCAGCUUGUUGCUCUUUCAAAGAAGCUCAGCGGUCCAUGGUUUGGUUUUUGUUGUUCGAGUCUAGUCGAGGGUUUCAUCAGGAAAAGUGUCUCCUCUUCUUUUCUCACUAUUCUCUAUAUUAGAGCCAUAUGUCUUGGCGAUGCAGGGUGUAGUAAAAGCUUAGUAUUGCCCCAAGGUUAAUCAUCUGACCUACAGGCCCAUCACUACAGGAAGAGACUUAUAUCCUGCCACACCCACUUUACAUGAGCUUAAGACCCCCACCAGUGAAAAACAUCUAAAUGGAUCACCUUCGCUCACCUUGGAUUAGUUACAGUAACCAUACUGGAGUAUAUUUAUCAGAGUGGUCAUGUGUACAUCGAUUAUAUUUGCUAUAAAUAGAAAUGGGCUUUUAAUCUCUAUCCUUUUUAUUUUCUCUUUCAGGCGAUAGAUCCAGAUUCAGGGCCUUGGGGUGAAGUCAAAUACACGAUUUAUGGAUCAGGAUCUGAUUUGUGAGUAAAAGCCUGCCUCCCCUGCCAGUUUUGGUUUGGUCUGAUCAGAUAAUUGAUUCAUUCAUUUCCAAAAAAACAUUUUUCUGUCGCAAAAAAAAAAAGUAACUUCAUGUGUUUAUGACUCAUGGCUUCCCAUUGGCUCGGCGUGUUUUGUAAACUCGGCCAGCAGGACACCAGUCUUGAUUAAACUUUUGUGUCUUUGAAGGAAGCAGGAAACCAGUUUGAUUGGCCCCUCUGCUUCACAAACAGCUCGCUCUAAAAUGGCUGCAAGAUGCUGGCUAAUCUCCUAAUUGGAUUGGAGGGUUAAAAAUAGACAGCCUGGCCCGUCUCACAUAGGGAGAGCCAAUUAACAUGCAAUGUGACAGCUGGAGCCACAGAAACGGCAGCUUUGAAAAGCAAGGCAGUGUGCAGCAAAGGAAAAGUGAGAAUUUAUUCUCCUCUUCAGGCAGCAACCUGAGUUAAUUGUGUGAAAGUUAUCAGUUUCAGGGCAACUUGUGAUAUUUCACAGUGGAAAACAAGAUAGAAAAUGGCUGUGAGCCCGCAGCUGAAAUAGAAAGAACUGAGAAAGUGCAAAACCUACGCCACUGCUGUAGAAAACCUUCAACUUAUACUCUUAUGUGUAAUAUUCUUGUGUUAGAUACUCAAAUGUCACAGUUAGUUUGUUGAUAACGACACAGUAGUAAGGAAAAUUGAUUUCAAAUCGGGUUACACUGUCUUUUUAAAAACAAUAACACAUUUUUUUAGUGGUUUUAACGAUAAAGAGAGAUACUCUGAGCUCUGAAUACCAGAGGAAAGUAUGUUUUGUUUUGUUUUGCUGCGGAUAAGAGUUGUGAUGAAAAAUUCAGAUUAAAACAGUUUAAAAGUUUAAUUAAAAGUUCUCAGUAUCUCCCUUUAAAAUGAGCACUGCCAGCUCUGGUAUAUAUAUUUACUUACUUUAAUGAUCUGCAAAAGUUUUAGAAAGUAAAUUGUUUUUAUUGUAGUGAAAAAUUCAGAUUAAAACAGUUUAAAAGUUUAAUUAAAAGUUCUCCCUACAUAAUAAGCCCUGCCAGCUCGGGUAUGUAUAUUUACUUACUUUAAUGAUCUGCAAAAAUUUUAUAAAGUAAAUGUUUUUUUGUUUGUUUUGCAGUGAAAAAUAUCACACUAGACAGAUACAUUUAUGUAUGUGUCUUGAAAUAACACCUGAUUAUAAACACAGGAGACGUAUUAAUUUGCUUACUGCGUUGGCAGAAAUGUUCACUCAGUAAUAGCAAUUCAGGUUUGAUCCUUUUCUUGUAAUAUAUUGAAGUCUGUCGUUUAACUUGACUGGGAAUGAGGCUUAUCUUAUAUUUGGUCUAAUUUGAUAUUUUGGCAAAAAAUAACAAACAAACUCGUCAAGACCAGUGUUUUUCAAUGCAAUCAUCUAUUUUCAACAGAAGCGAAACUUUAUUUCUUCCUUUUGUUCAGUCACCUCAGUCAACUUCACAUUCACAGCCGCACAGGAUGUAAAUCUGCUUGUUUUAGAGAACAAUUACUGAGUGUCACACUGAGAUUCACAGUAUCGGUGUGAUUGAGGGUUGUGCUGGAAAUGUCUGGAGCAUAGACAGCUUUGAUAAACACUAUAAAACUGUUUGGACUCACAGGUUUUCCAUCGACCCAUCAUCUGGACUGAUCACCACUCAGCCCUGGACCAGCCUGGAUGCAGAGCUCAGGUCCAAGUUCAACUUUUACGUCAAGGCUCAAGACUCAGAGGGGAAGUACAGCCUGGCUGAAGUCUUUGUCACCGUCCUGGACAUCAAUGAUCACCCUCCAGCUUUUGAUGAGGAACUUCUCGAGAAGACUAUGAUCAUUGGUUCACCUGUAAAAGUCGAGGUGAGUGAAAACAAGUGAUUGUCCUCUUAUACAAGGAGUCAUAUUUUUAAAAAAAUAAAAGAAAGGACUUUAAAAAAAAUAAAAUUAAAAAGAAUUUACGAGAUUGUAUUUUUAAAAAAUCCAAAAAGGAGACCAUAUGGCUGGGGAUAAUCCUUUUUUUCUUUUUUCAUCAAAUCUAUUGGUUAAAAAAUCUCAAACUAGAUCUUGAAAUCUGACUCCUCCCUUCUCCACCUUUCUUGUAGUGAUUUGAGGGUGAUUAUGUAUAGUUUUCUCCUUUGCUGCAUGUCUGAUUCAUCAUGCAGUCUAGGAGAACCGUGGGUCAUCUACAUCUAUGUUUUUGUCACUGUAAUAGAUGUUCCAGAAAAUGCAUUAAAAUACAAUAAGCCCAACAAAAACAUUUAAGUAAAGGCUUAGUUAAGGCUUAGUGUGGGCUUUGUUAAGGGUGUUUAAUGGCUUUGUCAGGAGUGUUAUAAAGGUUAAGUUGGGGCUUGGUUAUAGUCGUAGAAAAGUCUUUGUUAAGGGUGUUACAAAGGCUUUGUUGAGCGUAUUAUCAAGGGUUACUUAAGAAUUAGUUAAGGGUGAAAGAAGGACCUAGUUAAGGUUGAAUUAAGUAUGUUAUAUAGGUAUCAGAAAGACUUGGUGAAUGAAGUAAAAAAGGCUUUAUUAAAGUUGUACUAGAGGGGUUUUUUGAAGGCUUAGUUAAGGCUUGGGAAUGAGUGUAUCAAGGCUCAGUCAGGGCUUUGUUAAGGUUUUAAUAAAGGCUUUGUUAAGGUUUUAAUAAAGGUUUAGUUUAGGUUUCAGUAAUAGUGUCAUAGAUGCUUUGCUAAGGUUGUAAUAAAGGCUAACUAUAAGAGCAAAAUAAAGGCUUGCUAAGGGUGUUAUUCAUGAUACAACACUAUGCUAACAGCCUUAGCUUUUCAUGAAUAGUCCAAAUUGUGAUUUAUACUUAGCUAAACCAAACCUUUUAUUUUUCAAUAAGACAAUAUUCUUAAUUUAACUAAACAGUACAGUGGUCGCAGUUUAUUUAUUUAGCCCUCUAGGUGAAAUAUACUUAACUGUGAAAUUAGCAUAUUAUUAUUACAGGCUGUUUUGUGUGUUGAAAAGAAUUUAAAAGGCUGUUGACUUAAUAAAUUCACCUCAAGGUGGCAGUCAUGUCAGAAAAGAUGAAUGAAUUAAUCAUUAUUGUGAUUCCUUUACAGGCAGUGGACGAAGAUGCAGAGUCUCCAAACAACGUCAUAGAGUACUCCAUCAUGGAAGCAGACCCUGAAAAUGCCUUUGAUAUAAACUCGGACACUGGAGAGAUCCAGCUGAAGUCGUACAUCAAGUCCAUGGAGAUUGUGCAAAACAUCACCAUGCAGAAGGACGCCAAGUGGUGUCUGGUGGUUGAGGCCAGAGACAGAGGCUCCCCGUCCUUCAGCACCACAGCCAUGGUCAACAUCGAUAUCACCGAGGCGGUAAGUGACUCUCUGACUCCCAGCAUGCCUCUCUGUGCUUUCAAAGCUUGAGCUUUAGUAAGCGUGAGGGUUAGAUUCAAGCAUGUGAAUAGACACUGCAGAUCAUAGAUAUCACUCUAUGCUUUCCAACCGCUAAUUCAUCGCCCUUGUUUCACUUUUCAUUAACCCCACCAUCAUUUUAAUGUUAUAAUUAUUUUCAAAAUGUGCCAUGAGGAAAAAAGGAUUUCAAAAAAGCUUAAUCUAUCCUGCUUGCAAGCGGUAAUUUGAGAGUUGUUUGCCUUUGAUGGAGUUGACAGUAAAUCAGUCACUCUCCUUUUGACUCUGGUGACUUUGUUUACUCGGCUGUCGCUACAAACUGUGUGACAGAUCUGCCAAGAAAAACUGCAAAAACGUAAGAAAAGAAGCUAAAAACUUCUGCUUCUUCAACCUCUCUUUUUAGUUUCCAUAGAGAAAUAAGCUUAUGUCCAUUUCCAGGGCUCUAUUUUCGUGCCCGCCAGCGGCACGGCGGAGGGUGCCUCACUUGCAGAUUUCCACAGUGUCAGGCACAUUUCAGUGCAAUAAAUAAUCAUCAACAACUAAUAAUCUGAGUCAGCACAUACAUUUAGAUCUAUAUAGAUAUAUUCUGAUCUAUAUCUUAACUGAUGAGUGCAUUUAGCACGCGUUUGGACACUCAACUUGGCACGGUGGACUUUCACCGUGCCUACACCACUCCACCGGCGAGGAACGAAAAUAGAGCCCUCAAUGUAAAGGUCAUGCUUUAAAUACUUAUUUUGUCAUCUAAAUAGUCAGCUGCAUCUUUUACGUCAGUGUGACCAACUAUAUAACACAGAGAGGGGUAUUGUGCUGCAGUUUUAUAUCCAAAAGAUGAGGCUUGAACAAGCAAGCAGCUGUGUCAGUGCCUAAAUUAUGCUUGGUACAAAGCAGGCAGACUUGUUGCCAUCUGAUGCCACUUUCUAUUUUCUCCCUGGUUUGGCUACGAUCAUGCAUUUAAAGACAAGAGCGCUAACAGUGAAGUAACCAAGCCUUGAAUGGUGCUGGUUUGAUUAAAAGACCCCGUAAUUGGAGACAACAAGUAGCCAUUGAAAGAGACUUGUGGGGGAUUAGUAGCAGGCGGUCACAACUAUAGCUGCUAUAACUGUAAGCUGCCAUACUCAACUACCAUGCAGGUGGCGGUAACAGAUGGUACUAGAAAGAGCAACACGUCUUUAACUGCUCAUUGCUGAAUGCAAUUGAAACCUCAGAGCCCCCCAGAAGCAGACUGCAUUUUAUUCACAAAGUGACGUAAAUUUUGGAGUUCACUGUAUAUCUAUCAGGUCUUUUUCUCUAUAUAGUUUGAUUUGUUUGUAUAAAUAUGUGGAUAAAAUGCAUAAAUACCAAGGUAAAGGUUAAUGAAGUUGAUUAUGUUGAGGGAAAUAACAUUUUUUUAACUUCUAAACAAGGUUUUCCCAACUUGGCAGUCUGAAAGAUGCUCUUUUCUGUAGAAAAAUGAGUCUAGGACAGUUUUUAUGAUUUUUGAAUCAUUAAAAAAAACAGGAGAGAAAGGUCACACCUUUUUAGUAACUAAUAAAAUUGUUUGUUUGUUAAUUUAAAGGAUUUAAAUCUGAAAUUUAAAACCAAUAGCAUCACUGUCCUGCAUGUUUUGGAUGUUCCCCUGCUCCAACACACCUGAUUCAAAUGAUUAGCUCGUUAUCAAGUUCUGUAAUGGCUUAAUAACGAGCUGAUCAUUUGAAUCAGGUGUGUUGAAACAUCCAAAACAUGCAAGACAGUGGGCCUCGAGGACUGGACUUGAGAACCCCUGCUUUAAUUAUAUCAAAUCUGUUUCCCUUUGAUUUUGUCUUCAUCAUGUUUUCAUUCCCUCACCUCACACGAUGACAUGACCCCCUGUUUUCGAUGUUGUUUCUGUUUUGUGAAUCGUGCAUUUCAGGUCAAAGGUCGCAUUAUUUCAUACUUCAUGGGCCUCAGCAAACGUCCGCUGACUGUUCUUGGAAUUUUUCUCAGCAUUGCCGCCACCCUUAUUUUACUAACAAUCUGCAUAUCAACAAUCCUGUACUGUAACGCAGUGAAAAAGUCUCGAAUCAACCCCGAGAGUAACUACAUCAAAGUAGUCCGCAGAAUUAAAUGAGGACUACAUAGCAGCUAAACUUUAUAAUUCACUCCAAAAUAUUCAAAUCUAAGUGUUUGAACUGAUUAUCUUUUGUCUGUAAAAGAGUCCUGGAGCACAUUUAAAGUCGCAAAAUCACAAUGCAAUAAAGUUUUUUUGUUUUUUUUAAAUAAUUUUUCUUUUUUUACGUUUUGUGAAUGCAACAAAUUUCCAAGAACACAAAUUUGCAUUAUUUUUUUAAUCUUUACCAAAAGCCUAUCUUUAAAAGUCCGACAUAGAUUUAAGACUCAGUUUAUCAGACUGUCAAAAAGACAAAUCUGGAGGCUUUUACUCUGCUCAUCACUCAUCUACACUUUUCCCAUCAUCCUCUCUGGCUCCAUUAGCCGUCAUCAUUUUCGGUCAGCCCUCAUCAGUCUCAUGUCAAAGCACAGCACUGCCAGACGCACUCCCAACAACUCGUGAUGUGUAGCUUUUUAGCUUCGCGGCAGCUGUCCUGCACUGUGAGACAGACAAGGACUGAAUGUGUGAAUGUGUGCGUGUGAACGAGUGCGUGUGUUUGUAGAUUUGUUGGUCGGGCCUCCUCUGUCAGUGCUUUGCGCCUCCAUCUCUCACGCUUGCAUGCUUCAGAUGAAUGCUGCGCUGAUGCUUCGAUCCAGUCCCCCUGGACUUGAUUUAAACUUUUGAAUUUGUGCUCUUUUACAGACUCCUCUCAAGGGGCCUAUGGCGGCCUUUUUAAUGAAAAGUAGGGACAAUCCAAUGAAAGCUCUAGGCAUGGUGGUUGUGAUUAUUAGCGUAAUGGUAGGUGUGACUGUGUUGAUCUCUACGGCUUUGUACAUGCGCAACUCCAAGUCAAACAGGAUCAUGCCGGUGCGCCGCAUCAUAAAGAGGCGACCCAGGGACCAGCGGUCCUGGACCUCUAAGAUGCCCAGUAUCAGAUUCUACAACCCCGCGGAGAAGUUCCUCAUCGAUGACGCAGAGAGCACCCUGCAGAGGGACUACAGCAGCCCUGAAAUAAGGCCUCCACCUCCAAGGGCUCCCUCUCUGCCUCCUCCACCUUCUCCUAACACACGUCCGAGUGACAGACCCCGGGCGGUACCAACUAUAUCAGGUGCUCUGGCCUCCAAAGGAUCCAGAAGAACAAAAACGGGUCGCCACAAAGAAGUAAACAUUAGCUCUGCUUUAGUGUCGGAGUUGAAAAUGAAGCUGGAGCAGAAAAUCCAUGAGAGCAACAAAGGUUAUUAUUAACGCGGUCACAUUGUCCCGUUUAAGGUCCCCUGCUUUAUUUAUUUCUGAGUCCACUCACCUAAAGUUUAGAUCUGAUUAGGUGGGUCUGUGGUUCACUUAGGGUUGUUACAAGAAUGUUUACAGAUACACACAGAGCCAUGCAUAGGUAUUGACUCCCUUGUUGAUUUUACAACUACAAAUAAAUUGGAUUUAAUCGGGAUUGAAUGUGUUAAACCACAUGAACACAUAUUUUAAAGUAUGGGAUAUCACAUUAAGCUUUGUGUUAGCUGCUUAUGUUUGUUAUUCUACCAGCAAAAAGCCAAAAUAAGUCAAUUUUAUCCCAGUUUGUAGCACAGCAAAAUGUAAAGCUAAAAACUGCAUGGCACUGUUAGUCUUAAAACUAGUCAUAACACAAACAGGCGUCACUGCUCCUGAGCGUCUGGGCCACUGAUGUAGUAAAAGAUAAAUUACCACACUGCCAUCUUGAGGAGGAUUACAUCAUCUUCAGAGUAGGAAGCCACACUGUAAACUCCCUGAACGGAGGAUUACUGAGACUAAGUGUGUAUAGACAUAAGUUACAUAACUUCCUGAAAAGUGUGUAAAUAAGACAACCCCAUGAGCACACAGCUGAAUGACAAAGUGUUGAAAAAAAAACAACUCGGCUUGUUCAAAAGUGCUAAAGGACCAGCAUGUGAGUGUUUUACUGAGUUACAUCAGCCGGUAGAAAGUUGACGAGUUGCUCUUUUGUAUGAUUACAAUGUGCCACUUUUGGUUUUCACAGUUAAAGCAAAAUAAUAAUAUUAGAUUUAUUCAAACAUCUAGAGAUAGACUUCUAUGUACAUAACGUCCUCUUUAAAUGUACAGUAUCGAAUGGAUUGUUAUUAAUUUCCGUGUAAAUAUCUGACAAGACAUGAGCAUUUCUCAUCUGUAUCUUGCUGCAGUAAAUAAAGAAGUACAGAAAAACCAUACAACUCCUCUAGUGGGACUUUGAUGCUAAAUUUAGUGCUAAGUUUUUCAAGCACAGAUCACCAUGUUGUAUAUAAGUGUUAAUAACCUGCUUGGAGAUUUGACCGUAUAGAGUCUGUGUUGAACAUCUAGAGUCUGCGCACAGUGUUACCCCUCAAUGCCUUCAAAUGUAGGCAAAUUAAGUCAAGUCAUUUAAUAGCUGGAGCACAAAUCUUGUAUCUGAAUAUAUCUUCACUCAUAAAUAUCUUCCAUAAGUUUAGAUAGAGAGUAUAAUGUAUCUCUGUUAUUGAUUACACUUGCCUGGUCCUUCAUUAUUUGUAUUGUCUUUGUAUUGUCUUGAUUUUGAAUAAAUAUUUGACAAUAAA